CGCAACAUGCUGAGGUAUGCUGUUACAACUCUAAGAAACCUGAGCAUGGAGCCGGAGCUGAAGUCGUGCUUCCACCAGGAGCUGGCGGCGGACGUGCUGGCCUGCUACCUGGACGUGCCCGACGCUCCCUGCAAGCUCUCCGCUCUGAACGCCCUGGCCGGGAUCGCCACUGAGCAGGACCUGGACAUCAUCUGUAACGCACAGGGAGCCAUCUCCCUGCUGACGGACAUGGUGAACCGGCCCUCAUACAAGGACUACACGCUGCUGGAGAACAUCCUGUACUCAUCCAAGGGGCUGGUGAAGACUCUCACCAUGGUCUCCAUCACGGCCGGCAUCCGCAGGAAGACGCUGCAGCCUGGAGCCGAGCUGGAUGAAGAGGCGCUGCAGGAACUCCUCCCUGAGCUGAGAGAGAAGCUGAAGGUGGAGACUGAGAAACGAGACUACACGCUUGAGUGGGGAGACAUCGCCGUCCACCCCACGCGUCGCUCCGUGCAGAAGUGGCCCAAGGCCGGGGACGGCCUAAUCUACGUUCCCUACAAAGUGUCCGUCGCCUUCUACGACGGCGACGUCAAGAAAAUCGAGGAAGCGGCGCUGGAGUUUGAGAAGAAAACGUGCGUCCGGUUCAUCCCUCGCUCCAAUGAGGCCGACUACAUCUACAUUCACGCGUGGGAGGGGAAUUGGUCGUUCCUCGGCCAUCAGGGUGGGGACCAGGCGCUGUCCCUUGUGCCUGGGAAGGUGACCAAGGGCACGGUUCUGCAUGAGUUGAUGCACGCGCUCGGCUUCCACCAUGAGCACUGCCGCAGCGACCGCGACGACCACGUCUGGGUGCUGAGCGACAACAUCAAGGAAGAUUGGAAGGACGCUAUUGAGAAAAAAACAUCACAUGGACACAAUCUAACAACUCCAUACGAUUACAGCUCCAUCACCCACUACAGCAUGAUCGCUGGCUCUAAAGACGAGCAGAGCCCGACCAUGAUUCCCAAGAACAUGAGAAGGAUGCGUCGCUUUGGUGGCUGCCACACCCUGAGUGAUGGGGACGUCAUGAAGAUUGAGAAGAUGUUUGACUGUGAACCUGCAACAUCAGGACCCAGCGACGCAGCUGAAGCAUGGCCAAGUUCAGAUACAGGUGCCAGCAGGAUGCACAAGGAUGCUGGGACUACUCUUGACCGCUCUACCAUUGAGAGCCUGGUUGGUGUCUGGGAUAAGUCAAACGUGGAAGAAAAUGAAGACAGUUUCAAAGACCCUCCAGUUCGUUGUGGCGGAGUCAAAGAUGGACUUUCAUCACAAACAGUGUGUCAUUGGCCACAGCAUGAUGAUGGCAAUGUUUACAUUCCUGUGAAGGUGUCGGCUGACUUCUAUGAUUAUGAUGUAGAAGCUAUCAAUAGCGCGAAACAGGAGUUUGAGAAGAAAACAUGCAUCAGGUUUUGUCCUCAUGGAAAUGAAGAGGACUUCAUUCAUAUCCAGGCCUUGGAAGGGUUUCCCAGUAGGAACUGGUCGUUCCUGGGCCGUCAGGGCGGGGACCAGGCGCUCUCCCUGGAGCCUGGCAAGGUGACCAAGGGCGUCGUUCUGCACGAGUUGAUGCACGCGCUCGGCUUCCACCACGAGCACUGCCGCAGCGACCGUGACGACCACGUCUGGGUGGUGUCAGAGAACGUGAAAGAUGAGUGGAAGGGUGACGUUGUGAAGAUAAAAUCAACUCCACAUGAUUUAGUAACGCCAUACGACUGCAGCUCCAUCAUGCACUACACCAUGACUGCGGGUUCAGUGGAUGAGCGCAAUCCAACAAUCAUUCCCAAGAACCCUCUGCUCAUGCUGCACAUGGGACACGGCAACUCCCUGAGUUCUUGCGAUGCCACAAAAGUGCAGAAGCUGUACGGUUACGAGCCAUUGAAGCAAGAAAUACCACAGGAAGGAACAAAUAAUUUGGCAUGUGAACAUGCCCAGAAAAGCGAGGAGGCACAGGAUAAUGUGGAGCAUGGAGUUGGUGCCUGGAAGAAAAAGACUAAAGAAGAAAUUGAACAGGAAGCUGAAAUAAAAGGAAUAGAGUGGAAGAGGGUAACGGGUCCUCUAAUGAGCAUUUUAACGGACCUUAUGGAACUCAGUUGCUUUGACAGGUCAGCAGUGCCUCUGCUGCAGAGCUUGUUGGAUAUUCUUCAAUUAGAGCGCCCAGAAAAAGAUAAAGAAGUGCUCUUUGAAGCAUACAUGGAAAAUGGUGGAUCAGUGCUCAUGAAAAAGAUAAUGGAAUCCCUCAAGCCCGAUGGAGCAAGGAUGCACAUCCUUUCUUUGACACAGAAUAUUUGUAUGGCUCAUUCAAAAUAUAACAUAUCAACAGGAGGGAAAGCAUUUGAGAAGAAUGGAGACAUUGUUGGUGAUGAUUCCGAAGAAAUAGUUAAGUGGCCUUUACAUGAAGAUGGAAACGUAUACAUUCCCUACAACAUCUCUACUGCAUUCGCUUCUGAAGAUAAAUUGACAAUUGACCAAGCUAUUUCUGAGCUAAAGCAAAAAACAUGUGUGCACUUAAUAGAAAGAAAAGAAGAGCCAGAUUACAUCAAUUUUCAAGCAUUGGAGGGGAGCUGGUCAUUCCUGGGCAAGAAGGGAGGGGCUCAGUCCGUGUCCCUGGAGCCCGGGAAGGUGGAGAAGGGCACGGUUCUGCACGAGUUGAUGCAUGCGCUCGGCUUCCAGCACGAGCACUGCCGCAGCGACCGUGACCAGUACAUCAAGGUCCAAGAGGACAACAUUAAAGAAGAUGAGCUGUCUCAAUUUAAGUGUCGGGACUCCAGUGACCAUGAUUUAGGGUUGCCAUAUGAUUAUGUCUCCAUCAUGCAUUAUGAGAGGUGGUCAUCUUCUGCAGAUCAUUUCAGCCCAACAAUCAUCCCCAUUCCAAAUGAGAGAACUCCAAUCGGUCAGCGAGGAUGUCUCAGCCCAUUCGACGUGCUCAAAAUAAAGAGAAUGUACAAAAGUAUUUCAGAGGACACUUCUGCUGAGGAUGAGCAAGAAUUGGAGAAGGCUGGUGUUGAGACUAAAGAGCUAAUAUCACGCAUCACAGUUGACUCUUCAACAGAGAUUGCUGCAAGGCUUAAAGAAUGUCAAGAAACAUUAAAAGAGGUGGCUGAUGAUUCAGAUUGUGGGGAGACUUUACGCAAGGAUAUGCAGAUGGCAUCAAACAUGCUUAAAAUAUUUGAAAACAUGCCUCCUGAGAUUGUGGGGAGUACAAUUUCAAUGGCAUCAAAUCUUAUGCGGGGAUCUACAAAUGGUGAAAAAGAGAAAUUAUCGGAGUUGUGUGGACAGGCCCUGACAUUCAUGGGGAAUGCGCCUGAAGAGAUGUCUGCAAACGUUAUGAGAUCAAUGGAAACUGUAUCUGCUGAUAUGUUACCAGUUAUAUUGAGAUCUCUAAAGGAUAUGUCCCCAGAGAUGGUUGGGAGCCUACUGAGGACCUCAAGUUUCAUGUCGUCCAACAACAGCAGAUGAACCUGCGGUCGCGGCCACCACUCGAUGGGCCAGCUCCGACCACUUACCCGGUCGGAGCGUCUGGCCGGCCCGAUCAACAUCAAAAUCCUCCCGCCGCGACGCGCGACCGGAACAAGACCCGACCACACGAGAUGGGUGAGUUGGAUUCAGGGGUGGAAUGUGGAAUGUGUUGCGACUCGCCUUAGGGUGCAGUGGAACGAAGGACGGUCGGGCAGAUGACAGCGGUGCUCCGGGGAGGCAUCGUUGUGGUAUACGGCAGCCCGACGAGACGUGUCCCGGCAGGCCGCAGCUGUAGCACACGACAGGGCUGCUCCUGGGACGAGGAGAUGGUUUUGCCGCCGCUGGUCAUUCGCCCGCCGCACCAUGCCGUCCCCUCGCCCGCCUCCACUCUGGGUCAAUGCGCAGGCUGGGAUGGGCUCCACGUCUUCAGGUGUAUCCGGCCCCUCGUGGGGCGCGGAACACGCCACCGACCUCUUGUGCCGUUGUAGGAGCUGGUUAUCCUGAAUGCAUUUCGCAACCCUGAUGGACGAAAGAUCGUCGUCUACAGCUGGCAGAACAACAUUGAGGUCCUUAGCCAAAGCCAGGAGUCUCUCAAGAACUAACGAGUCGACUCCGUCGUGGUCCAUUCUUGGAAAGGCAGCCUUCGCCAGCACCAAAAGUGUGCUACGGAAGGCAAGGGGCAUCUCGGUUUCCCCUAUCUUCCACGUAGCGAACUUGUGGCGUACGUUGGACAGCGGCUCGUAAAUGGCCGCCAUUUGGUUGAAGGCUUGAGUAAACAUAGCCCUCUUCGACGGUAGGAUGAUGAGGAACGCUGCCAGGGCGUCGUCAUCAAGGGCGGCAGGCAGCACUGUCAGCGCCUCCACCUCUGUCCACCCCGCCAAGUUGGCGUUCGUCAGGAACCGCCGCUUGAAGGCCACCCAGUCGCCUCUGGCGGCUGUAAAUUAUUUUACGAAGGGAAGUCGUUGCCGGAGAGAUGGAAUGUCCACCGACGAUUUCGACGCAACUUCGGAUUUGGCGGGUCACGCGCCUCCGCUCUUCGGAGAAGAUGGCGGCUGCAAGCACGGGCUGCGCCACGGAGGUUUCCGCUUGGCGGGAAAUGGCGGCGGGUACUUCGUUGCCAAGUGGCUCUGUUGCUCCCACUUCCCCCGCCUGCUUCGUGACUUGGAGCUCCGCGAGGAUGGACGCCGUGGCAUGGAGGAGCUCUGCGAGGCGUGGAGUAGUCGCGUGGCCGGUCGGUGCAUUUUUCUGCCGGCAAUGCUUCACCUCCCUCCUUUGGGGCUGUUUGCGGGAUGAGAUCUUCGUCUUCAUCGUCUGAUGUGCUGGUAUGUAGUCUGCGGUGCAUAGACAUAGUCUAACGGCUAGCUAAGUAAAAAAUAGCGUUUGGCCACUUCUGACACCAGUGGUAGUGGAUUUAUUUACCCCAACACAUUCACACAAAUGGGUUAUUGCCCCUUCACCAGCUAACUUAUGGUGGUGGACCACCAGGCUAGCUACGCUAGUUUCUGGGAGUAGCUAUAAUGAACAGGAGCCUGGCUUGGGUUCUCGUCCACGUGUUGGUGACUUCUUCUCUUGGACGUAGAUCGUAGAUCUUCGGAUGAUGACAGCAAUGCAGAGCCCAGGUCCCUGUGGGGACCCGGUUUAUAUGCUCCUGGGUCGUGGCUGGCCCCGCCCCUGGCCACGACCACCUUCGAAGAAACCUCUUGUCGUUUCUCGACCCUUCCCAUAGGAUCUUACCCUGACACGUGACCACCCCCUAGCCCCCGCCUGGGGCCCCCGUGUAGAUCUUAUUUAAGAAUGGAAACAUAAUUAAAACACAAUAAUAAUCGACCAAUGUAUAGAUUAUUACGUAGAUUAUACGAAUACAUAUAUGGUAAUAUGUACGUUAACAUAAUUGUGCAUCUGCACACACAUACCGUAUAUUAGCCAGGCAGUGGUGGCAGAUGCCUUAAUCAGCCACUGUCGAGAUGAGGGUUUGUGGAUCACACAAAGGUUGUGAAACUCCCUUCCCAUGGGCAUCGGGGUGCCAUACCCUGGCUUGCCAUUAGAAGGUAGUAUAGGAAUUGUGAACUCCACUUGUUACAUGUGUAGUGGGUUCAACUGAGUCUCCCACUUAGACUCGGAGGCAGCGCAUUUAUUACUUCAACACAACGGGGUACUAUUAUCCCUUAACAAGACAGCAACCUAGGGUGGUGACCACCCUGGCUAACUAUGCAAGUUACAGGAUAACUAUCAACUUCUGACCGGGACCAACAGCAUACUGCCCGGGUCCACGUGCUGGAAGUCUUGACGAUCCGAGAUCGUAGACAAAGGGUUUCUUCCCCCGGACGGACAGUCCAGCUCCCUCUCGGGACUCAGAUUAUAUUUUUCUCUGGCGUGGCCGACUCCGCCCCUGGCCACGCCCCUUUUCCAGAACCUUCAGGAAGAACCUAAUUUCCCAUCACUUGACCCUCAUGGCUAAUACCUUAAAAUUAUUUUGAUGUGGAAAAACAGAUUGUUAUAUUUUUGACAGUAAGCUAUGUAUGAACACCAUAUGCAUAUUGCAUAUAUAGAUUUAUUUAGCGCGUGCAUUUGCUUCAUUGUUUCCAGAAUGCAGUGUCCUCAUACUGAUGCGAGGUGUGGUUAGCAGUCUUAAUGUGCAUCAUAGUCGAGCACCACAGCUACAGUGUGGGUUGUUGCAUAAGUCCCACCUGUGCAGGCUUGCAACACACAGGCCGUGGCUGGUUUGAUUAUGGCCGAGUAAUGGCACCAAUUAUAGGGUUGCCGAUUAGGAAUUGGAUCCUUGUUGAUGAAGAAAUCCACUCCUCACACCAGAGUGACUCUGCCGCCACUUCCUCACACAGCGUGUUGGUCUGUAGUGUGUGGUGUGAUGACAGACAGGUAGCUGGUGGGCUAAUAUUGAAGUAUGUCAGCAGAUUUGGGUUAGCACAAAUCCUCAAUAGCUUGGCAGUCAGCCUCCCAACAAAGGUGUGGAAGGGUGAUGUUGCUCAAAACUGUAGCAAAGGGAGAGAAACCAGUUGCAGAGUUCGAGAUGUGUAUUUUAGAAUGUAACUGCACGUCAACCGGCUUCGUGUGCUAUGACUGACGACAAACAGGAACGAGAUAUUCUGCUGUUGAGUACGAGAUUGAUAGUGCUGACAUGUGUAGUGGGUCCAACUCGAGGAGAGACGGUUCUUUAGAGGCAACACGUUUAUUUAUAACAAUUCAGGGUCCUUAACACAAAGGGAUAAUGGCCCCUUCCACCAAUGCCUGGGGAAGUACAGCCUCUGGGCUAUCGUGCCCUCUAUCACUGGGACCACUCUACAGUAUAUCUCAGCCCUUCAGCUAGGGGGACCUAGGGGAGGCUAGCUGACCCGACCCAGCCAAGGUCCUCAGGUCCCGGCCACUGGCCUGCUCGGUCCCGGCCCUUAGAAGGACGUCGAGUCCGGGGGUUCCCAGGGUCCGACCACUGGCCCAGUUAGUCCUGGCCCUUAGAAGGAUGGCAGGUCCGGGGGUUCCCAGGGUCCUAUUCUUGGCUGGCUCUUCGGAUCUUCAGCUUGAUGACGACUCCCAGACGCGUUCAGAGGGCCGCCUUUUAUACUCGCUCCAGAGUCUCUCCGCCCCUAGCCACACCUUCCUUCUGGAACUUUCUAGAGGGUCCUGGAACAUGAUGGUAUCCCCCCAGCCCUCCCCCCCCUCUUGGGGUCUGGGGUGCCUGGUGGCUAGGUGGGAUGAGGGCCCGACUCAUCCCACCUAGCCUGACUACCACCCCCUGUUGACACAUGUCCACAUACAGCUUAACAAUGGCACUUCAAAUGCGUAGAGUUGUAGCACUGGCCUUCCAUAAUGAGCGAGCUAACUUGCCAACACUGUCUUGGUAACUUUAAACAGAGGAUGCUACAUCUUGCAGUAGUUAACCAGCCUGUUGAUAUGAUUUACUGUAUUCUCCAGUUCGAGAAGCGUCUGGGCCUGUAUUACACUGAAAAUGUUGUUUGCAUAGAGUAACUUUCAGUGCUGGGUGGUUGGUCGUUUGUGUGGAGGUUAAACAAGGUUGGUUCUAAUAUGGUGCCCUGAGACAGGCUGUUGAUAUGCCUCCUCCAAGCACUUGUCUUCUUUCCCAUGUGAAUUAUGAACCUCAUGUCACACAGAAGCAAUUUGGUGACAUUAACCACUCAUCUUGGCAGUACUCUGGACAUAUCCACUUGGAGUGAUGUAUGCCAGACUGCGUCAUAGGCUGCUGUCAAGUCCAGCAACACAGCCCCUGUCUGAGGAUUUUUUUUGAUAGCCACUCUUGAUAAUCAGAGUCAUGCCAACACCUGGUUAUACUUACUGCCACCUCAACAGCCAGCCUGGUUGAUACUCAGGAUGUGUCCCCCUUCUGGUAAUAUAGAUCUAAACAUUCUAUGACUUUGAAACACACGGAGAGCAGUGAUAUUGGCCGGUAGCUUGUAGCCCAGUUUUGAAUGGGUGAGGACUGUCGUAUUGCACCAAAUCUUUGACAGCUUGCCUUCAGUGGUUAACCUGAUAUGCAAUUAGACUAACCAAGAUGUUUCAAUAAUUCUGCAAAGAUGUAGUCAUAGCCUGUGGCGGUGCUGUAUUAUAUGCUGCUUAGGACUUUGUCAAAUUCGGUGAUUUAAUUAUUCCCUCCACUCAUUUUGUUUGAACCCUUCACUUGACAUGCUUCUCCAUUGUAGCCUUCGCUACACAUAAUAGGUGGCUGGCAACUUGGUUCAGUUUGACCGAUGGGCAACUUGGUAUUGGUGGCUGCGGAGCCACUCAAAGUUGAAGAAUUAGGCUCGAACAUAUCCGAAUCGAUCUAGUGACAUCAAGUGUCUCAGUUUUUUCCUAUCAUCUGGCACAUUUGGUGUUGUCCAGUGAUUCAAUGAGAUGGUCUGCUAUUUCUAGGGUGCCAGUUAGCUCAUACUGCUUAAGUAAUGCUGCCCAUUCUGCGUUGUGGCAAGGAAUAUGGACUAUUAACGUAUAGUGCUAGUGAUUCUCCAGUUCCACAGCAGAUAUCGGCUUUGUACAACAUUUUCAUUCUGUGUUAUUUCCAUGCAGGCCAGAUCACAGUGUGAUUAUUGGAAAAAAACAUUUCUAACAGGACCUUGGGAUUGCUGAAAUGAUGGUAAUUACCAAUACACAGUUUGGGACUUCCAGCCUGCACAAUCUAGUGGUGGUCAUUGUAUUGUCAGUUUGAAAGGAGAUGAAUGGCGAUUUGACAGUUCCAUUGAUUUAAAUGAAGGUUCCUACAACUGUAUUUAUAAUGAGAUUUUUGACAGCCUAAUUGUCUAAUGUAAUCCUAUUCAACGAAGUAAAAAUCCAGGAAAAUGUGCCAUGCACCUGUAUGAAGUGAUUUAUAUACAAUGUUCUUGGGCUGUAGCGAGCAGGGCUAAGUUGAUGCUUGUGUUACAUUUCCAGUGGUAAAUUACAAUAUGUAAAUGGUUAAUGUGAGAUAAUGGUUGUAAACUGUACUUUAGAGUAAAGCGGUGGCUUAGACGAGUCAUCAAUAGCUGUAUGAAGCCAUGUACAAGCGUAUUCCACUUUAAACUGGUGGUAUACCAUUGUGCCAGGUGUCCUCUAAAUUCUUAGAAAUUCCACAAAUACUGGAGAUUGAUUGACAGGCAUUUCUUAAAUUGAUCAUGCAAUAAAGGUAAGCGGAGUAAGUUGAUUAAGUUUUUUUGGGGCCAAAUGUAUUUUUCAACAUUUCUGGUUAUGCUGCUGGUGCUAUAUCUCCUGACAAGUAAUUUUGCCAUAAUUUACGUAUUAUUUUUGGUACUCUGAGGGAUGGGUGUGGUAACAUUCUAAACUCGCAUUCGCAGUAGUCAUAAAAAUGAACCCUCUCUACUCAGCACCACUACAUGCUAUUCACCUGAAAUAGAAUGAGAAUUUGUCUUGUUUUAUUAGCCGAAGGUAACAUUUGUCUAUACGUGUACACUGAUUUUUAUAGGUUAUAAUUCAAUUCCUUUGCACGUUAUUAUUUUCUUGCAUUGUAUGGAAUAGGAUCGCUUUUACUUGGAAAAUUACAAUCAUAUAUGUUACUUGAUCAGGGUGAUGCAAGUAAAAAUGUAUUUUUUUUAUUAUGCACAUAUUCUAAAAGUCAAAACUUGGAGAAAUGUUCCAAGCAGUAUUUGCAGCCAUACCAUCACAAUGGAUAAAUAUUACAUGGGUUUCAUUUAAAAGUAGUUGCUUACCUUUUUUAUUGAAAAAAAUGAAAUUAAAUUAAUUGUCUGUAAUUGGAUGGAAUACAUUAUGUAGCUUAUUUUAACUUAAACGUGUUCACCAAAUGAAAUUAAUUUAUUGAACAAAAUAUGAAGGAUGUACACAAUUCUAUACUCUUCAUGAGUAGGAUAUUUAAGAACAUAUACUGUACAUUAUUUCCUUUUUAUUUUCCAAGUAAUUCUAAUUAAAUUACAUGCAUGGAAACAUAAUUUUAAACUCAGCAAUUCAGUACUCUGUAUGGUUGUCAGUGUUCAAUAACUUUGGUUUGUUUAGCCUGCAGAAUUGUUUCACCAAUGAUUGUGGGGUUGUUAUAUUGUAGAUUGACAUGAAGUUAACUACCGUGUUAGAAAAAAGUAUUUUGGCUUUGGAAUGAAAUAGUAUUUCAUGACUACAUUUCAUUUGAAUAAGUUGUCUUAGCAAUGGAUACUGUCUGUGCAAAGCAUCACUCUAUGAGUGUUUACUUGUAUUCAAGCAGGAUAUUACCGAACGAAUUGCAAGUGAUAUGGAUCUCUUGUUAUUCGUUUCCCAAUGUCCUAAUUUCAAGCAAUAAUUUCAACAAUAACAUGAUACACCAACAUCCACAAGAUUAUGGUUGAUAGAACAUAUCAACAUGAAGACCAACAACAAUGUAAUAUAUCUACAACAAUAAGGUCAAUGACAUAAUAUAAUGGUUCAUAUUAACGACAAUAUAUAAACAAUGCCAUCUAGAACAACAACAAGAUUAGUAUUAUCAACACCACAUUUUUAUAUCCACAAUAGAAGCCAC